UCGCCUCUCUCACACAAUCACAAAGAUGCUCUUCACCAACAUCGCAUGGCUCCUUGCCGGCUCCGCCUCUGCCUCAAUCUCGACGUCGAGCUUCAAAUGGCAUUGGCUCAAUAACCCCGGCGUCGAGCCCGUGUCACCAAUCGGCCGCUCCAUCACCAUCCAAGUGCCCCCGGACACCGACAUCUGGCGCCCUGCGCUCUCCAAGCACAACUUCACGGCGCCCUACCUCUACACCACGGUGCCCACCGCGCACUUCCAGAGCGUCCAGGUGACCGUCACAGGCCCAUGGAAGACGCUCUACGACCAGGGCGGCCUCGUCGUGUCGUUUCCCAAUCAUCGCAAUCCCAACGCCACGCGCUUCAUAAAGGCCGGCAUCGAGUUCAACGACGGUACUCCCGCGCUCGGUGUCGUGGCUACUGAUAUCCUCUCCGAUUGGAGCUUGAGCCCCAUCACGGAGAAGCAGACGGGCAACGCAAAGGCCACGAUCCUGGUGGAGAGGGACGGCACUGAUGCGUGGGUAUAUGUGUUGGAGAACCAGGGCAAGACGAGGCGCGCGCUGAGACAAGUGACUUGGGCAUUCAACGAGGACGAUGCCCAGGGCCUGGCCAAGGAGAUUGAGGUUGGCAUCUACGGCGCGAAGCCGACGGAGGAGUCGGGCGAGGGACACUCGAGGGAUAAGAUUGCCGUGUCGUUUUCCGGGUUUUCGCUCAAGACCGUCUAAUACAGAUAACACCUAUAUUAGAGCUUUUCCGUAGUUGAUUCAAUCAUACCCAUUGUAUCAUUG